GUGGAUUGUCCAGGAAACAGUGGCUGCGAAACGACUAAUGUUCUUUUGCGAGUCGCAAACUCUGGACCCGCAAGAUUUAGCUCAAUUUCUCGACGCUCUCUCAAAAUCUGCGGCCAUAUAUAUGCCUCGCCUUUCUCUGAUCGAGGGAAAUGUGCUUGACUACGACACAAUUUCUCUCGCCCGAGCCUAUCUUCGACCAACAACCGGGUGUACCAUUCCCUUCACCAGCACUUUAUCGAACCGGAAUGGCUCUCUGUACGGACACCCGAUACAAAAUAUUUGCAGUACUUAAUCUGGCUUAUGACAGUGCCAAGAUUGUUCCCAGUCCAAACUAUACAUUGUCUGUCGAUGAAGUAUAUAAGCAGCUGGUCGUGUCCCUAAUCAAGGAAAGUGGGCGUUUUGAUGUUCUCAGUCUUGCGAACCUACCUGUCUAUCCUCGACAACUAGACAUGCCCGUCCCCUCCUGGGUCCGACUGGACUUUCAGAGUCACCAGCACUGUCAACUCGCGCAUAGUAGCUGAGAGAAAAGUUUAGGCAGAUAAAGGGUCUGCAGCCGUUGCUAGCUCCUCUGAUGACAACAACACAUUAAUAGCCAGAGGCUUUAUAGUCGACACGAUUGAUGGUUUGGAAAUGUGCUCAGGCAGAGUCAAACAAACUAUCUCAGAUCCAGAACUACACCAAUCCAAGUCCCACAAAAGUAGAUAUAAUGGCGUUGAGACCCUCAAUGUCACCUCUCGAUCAAUGC